AUGCAAUUCUCAAUCACCGCCGUUCUCUUUGGCCUUGUCGCCAUCUCCUCUGCCGCUAUCACCGAUGUCGAAGGCGUACGCAACACUCCUCGCAGCGUGCUUGACACCCGCCAGGCAGCCAACGGGGCUUGCUGUAUCCCCAACCAAUCUCUGAAGCAGGAUGCCUGCACUGUCAACGGUGCCGCUGGCAAGUGUGUGCCUGGAGGCCCAGCUGCAUGCAACGGUGCUCUCAACUGCGUUGCAAACAACCAGCUGGUGUGCGACAACAACGUCAAGGAGCGCUCCGGUGUUCUGUGUCGCUUCCAGGCAGCCAACGGCAAGAUUCAGGACGGUGCUCAGCAGAUCAACAGCCUUGCUCAGGCCAAGGUCAACUAA